UCAAACACGGUGAAAAGCAAAAGACAACCUUCGAACAAGCAGGUAGCACGCAGAAUUCGACGACUGCUCGGAAGAAACGCCCCCCCACAGCCAUGGAUCCUGCAAAAGUCCAGGAACUCCGCAAAAAUGAACCUAACAGGUUGCCGGUGGUUGUGUAUUCCUUUCCUGGGGGCAAGAAAAGUCGAAAGAAACUUAUGGUAAGCCACGAUAUGACAGCUGGCGACUUUGUGAAGUUUGUUCGCCAGCAAUGCCCAUGGGCUGCUGAUGGCAAUGUCUGGAUCAAGAAAAGCGGUGGCCGCUUGAAGGUGCCAGAGCACCUUCUGGUGAAAGACUUGGAUAGUCUCAAGUACAAGGCGGCAGACGAUGUCUUGUAUGUGGAAGUCCUGGAAGUCCUGGAAGUUGAAGUUCAAAGAAACACCACGGCAUCUGAGCCCCAAGAGGAGAUCGACAUGUCGAUGUCGAAGAUGUCGACGUCGGUCCAGGAGUUCAAGAUGAACGCAGCAGAUCUUGGAGCCACUCAGCAGGUGAUGAAGGUGACGCGCGGGUCUCGCCGAGUGCUAGAGCAAGCGCUAGAGAUGUGCGUGAAACAUCCUAAUCAUGUGCCAGUCUUGGUGAAUCAACCUGAAUCCCCCGGACUUCCACGGAUUCGGCAGAACUACACGGUUCCCAGGGAUAUGAAGGUUCGGAACCUUCGAAAGGUCUUGCUCCAGGAUAAAAAGCUCCAAGGCCCUGACACUCCAUGGGACAAAGUGAAGAUGCUGAUGGCCGGCAACGAAGUUCAGGAGGACCAGUGCAUGGGGGACAUCUAUGAUUCUAUGGUGGACCCUGACGAUGGAGGCCUUCAGUUGCACCUCGAGUUGGAUGAGUCCUUUGAGUCCUUUGAACCCUCUGCUUUUCUUUUAAAACCUCCUGAACCUUUCGAGACUUUAGAGGACCAACCUUGCCAGCCUGCCGAAUCUGCCGAGUCCAAGGCGACGGCCUUCAAGGGACCAUCUUUCGAAGAAGUGAAGCACUUGCAGAUGGCCUUGGCCGAAGCUGCGGAGGCUGAAAAGCUGCGGGAGCGGCUCCGUCAACAGGCGGAGAUCCAGAUUGAAGAGCUGCAACAGGAGAAUGAGAUCUGCCAAUCGGAGCUGCGGCAGGAAAUGGAAGCUCGGCUGACUUUGGAAUCCCAAGUCCAAGUCCUUCAAGUGGAGCUGCAGAGCCAGGUGAAGACUCUGAGUGCCGCGCAGUUCGCUUUGAGCCAGUCCCUUGAAGAGACCUCAGCUGCGCAGCAGAAGAACCUGCUGCUGGAGGAGAGGAUCUUGGCCUUGGAGGCUCAGCUCCAGGCUGUGGAGAAGGCGGAGCUGGCAGAACUGGCAGAACUGCCAGAUGAAGCGCCGGAGGAGGACCAAGAUGACCAAGGAGAUAUGGCAGCUAUGGUGAUGGUGGGUUGGGAUCCAGAAACUGGCAGACCUGUGAUCUCCGAGGAGUGCAGCCAGAUCCAAGUUCUAGCGCCUUAGUAUUCCUUCAGUGCGAGGGUGAAAGAUGCCGUCCCUUGGCCGAGUUGAAUGUUUAAUGAGAAUAUCAAGAUGGCCACAGUUUCAAGCUGAAGUAGCACAGUUUCAAGCUGAAGUUGUGGCAGUAGCGGGGAGCCCGGAGAAAGAGUCUCGCCUGGCAUUGUAUAGAAACUGCACCGGGUCACGCCUUGCCGAAACAAAACAGGCAGUCGGCUUUUUG